CUUUAAUUUCUUCCUUCAUUCUCAUUAUUCUGGGUUUUCUAGACAAAACAUCAUGUUACUGAAAUCCUAGUACUUACUUUAUUGUAAAAAAAAAAAUUGCGUUUUUUUUUUUGUGUGUUUUUGAUAGGUAGAAAGUAUGGGGGGAGAAAAUGGGUGGGGGAAAUGGGCGGCGCCGUCGCCCACCGGAGCUGCGCCAAUGUACGCAACGGCGGCGAAAGAGGAGCACUGGACGCACUUCGAUAGCUCAGUCAAUGCUGUGUCUUUUGGGUUUGUCGCCACCGCCAUUCUCAUCUCCAUGUUUCUUGUCAUGGCCAUUUUUGAGCGGUUCCUUAGACCCACUUCGCCGGAGUCGCCGCCGCCGCCGCUGUCUUCCGGCCGACGGAUCCCCGGCGAUAUUGAGUCCCAGAUGACAUUUCACCCAAAGUUCUGCCACCCCACGCCUGAAAUUGUCACCAGUGACCAAGAAUUUUCAGUGCUGAUGCCUGGAGAAGAGAUGCCAACUUUCAUAGCCCAUCUCGCUCCCAUUUCUUGUCCUCCCAACCGCGAUCCUCGUCUUCCAUCUGAACGCAACGAAGAUCCCACGCCCCCGUUGAGUACAGUCCACACGACGCCAUUGUCCAUGAUCGACUAGAAGUACAAGCAUUGUGAUGGGAAUUAUUGAGGUUUUGAGUAUAUGAUCACCUGUAGUAUAGUAGUAUCUUCGAUUUUUUUGGAGCACCCGAAUUGGGAAAUUUUUUCUGCCCUCGGGGGCCGGGGCUCGUUUGGCUUGUGUAAAUAGCUGUUAGAUCGAAUUGAAGUGGUUUCAAUUCUCAGUUCUGGGGCUAGCUGCAUUGUUGGUGCAUAUCUUUACAGUGGGAUUACAGGUUUUCUUGAA